AACUGUGUUAGAGAAACUUUACACAAGUGCAGCCUGAAGAAGGUUUUAUUUUUGGGAGGAGAGACACCAUAGACACACAAACGUCCUGUCCUUUAGUGUGCAGCAAAUCUUGUCCUCACAUUUUCAGGAGAUUUUCUGAGUUUUUACUCAGGUGAAAAGAGUGUCAUGGGGAUUCUUAAGAGAAACUUUGGAUGUGGGGCAAUCUUCUGUUUCAUCUUCACGGUCGGUGUUGUAGUCAGUAAAUUAGAGCUACUGACCUCACCUUCAGUUGAAGCAAAAUGUGGAGACAACUUAACGUUGAAGUGUGAAGUCAAUUCCAUCGACCAGACGGAUUUGACAAUCACGAAAUUUGAGUGGAUGCAUAAGACAAGUUGUGAAGAUAUCAGUCUCGCCAAAACCGGCCAUGGACUUUACUGCCAAAUCCAAAAUAAAACCGCGCUCUUUGGGACUCUCAUCAACAUAAUGCCAGAAGACGAAGGAGAAUACAUCUGCAAGAUGCAUUCAAAUCACGGAAUAAAGAAUGAGAAAACUAACGUUAAAGUGAACUGCUGCUUUGGAAGCAGUAAAAUCACUGGAAAUGGGUCUCACCUCACAUGUCAGUUUAAAGGAGUUUACCCGAGCGCCAGCGUUCUCUGGUUCCAAAAUAACACAAUAACUGCUAACAGUACAAUACAGAAGACUGCGGGCGGUCUGUAUGAUUACAGUAGCUCCAUAUCACUUGAUGAAGGAAACCGGGACCAACCUUAUAGCUGCGUACUGUCCCGGUCUUCUCCGUGUCCAGACGUCAAACUUGAGGGGAAUAGAGGGGCCAUCAAAUUACAGAGGAAUACUUUUGUAAUAGAAAUGACGAUGAUGAUGAUGACUUUUAUGUGGUAAAGAGGGAGACAAAGCUGAUGACAGUACAAGAAAACUUUUUGGAUCAAAUGUACCUGAGUGAUAGGUGUGUGGCUUUCCUCAUCAACUCACAUCAGUCUAAACACAGUUAGACUCCAAGUGAUGAAGAAGAGUCAUGGAAUAAAUGGACGGCACAUGAGUGCCUCAGUAUGAACCCGAAAUACUUGUGACAGUUGGAUUUUAUUUAUUUU